AUGGCGAGGCGGCGAGGAGGCAACGCCAGCCAGCCGCAGGUGACGCCGUACCAGCAGAUUGAGCUGGACGACGGGUGGCGAGAGUGGGAAAAUACAAAGCAGGAGCUCGCACUAGUGAAGAGGCAGUUGACGGAAAAGGACGCGCUGGUGAUACAGCUCAAGACUGCAUCUCGCCGGCUACAGGAAACAUUGCGAAAGAAAGACAAGGGCUUGCAAGCUGCGUUUGCGAUCCUGCGGUCACCGCAAGAUGCCAAGACUACGAAGACCCGCAAGCAGGAGCUCAUCGACCGCCUUGUGUCGGAGUGCAUGCAGAGGGCUGCGACGGCUGAAGCACUAGCAGAAGAACGAAGAAGAGAGCUCGACCGGCUUCGAUACAGCAGGUGCGUGCCUUUGAGUGUCAAUUUGGUGGUCAUACACUCACGUUCAUGGUAG